UAGGAAAAUUAAGCAGAGAAAUGUGUCCUUCCCACCGCCUCUCAGUUACUGCCCCAAGAAGCAGCUUCACUCGCUAGCUCUCCAUUAAGCAAAGGAAUGUGUCCUCCUUCCCACCACCGCCAACAGGCAGCAACAGAGCAACCUCACUCGCUCUCUCCUGCUGGUCUGAAUAAAUAAGAUCUCUCCAGUAUUCCAUAAACAAGUUUCCUGGUCCUUCCUGCAGCAGAAGAAGCCAGCAAGUUCUUAAAGAUGCAGGCUUGUGUUCUGAAGGUGAACUUUUGCUGUGAUGGGUGCCAGAAAAAAGUAAGAAGAGUGCUUCACAAGAUCGAGGGGGUGUGCACGGUGACAAUAAAUGAAGAGGAAGGGAAGGUUACAGUGACAGGGGCUGUGGAUCCAGCCAUCCUCAUCAAAAAGCUUAACGAGGUUGGCAAACAUGCCGAGGUUAUUCCCACAAAGGGUGGAAACCAGCCGAACCUCACCGACAUGCUACAAAAGCUCAAGCUUGAUUGUGUCAAAGGACAACAGAAGGAGAAUGGAAAGUCGCAAAAGGGUGGUGGUGGUGGUGGUGGAAAGUCGCAAAAGAGUGGCGCUAGUCACAAGGAGCAAAAGCAGACUCGGGAGCAGGGAAAAGGGUUCAAAGAUCUGAAAUUUCCCAAUCUGAAGGACCUCAAGUUGACUUUCAAGGAGGACAACAAGAAGUUCAAGUUCAAUCCGCCUUCCAAGGACAACAAGAUGGAUGAUGGAAACGUCGAAGACGACUUUGACGACGAGGACUUGGACGAUAUGUACGAUGAGUUUGGUGGUGAUGGGAUGCUUGGUGACCGUAAGAGGAUGAUGAAACCCAACAUGAAGAUCUUUAACCAGCUGAAUGUGAAAGGGAAUGGUGUAGCAAAUCGUAAGAAACGUGGUGGUGGUGUUAAGGGAGCAAAUCUAGUCCAAGUGAUCAACAAGGUUAUGGGAGGCAAAAUUGGCGGCUGCGGCUGUGGCGGUGGCGUCGGAAAACAAAACCAAACCAAUGGUAGUGGUAGAAGAGGCCAUGGAACUCAUGGGAGUAAGAAGAAUGGAGGAGGAAGCAGCAAGAAGAACAAGGGUGGGAAUCAUGGAAACCAUGCCGACCCGUCAUCCCGGGGAGGUAGCAAGCGUGCUGGCGGAAGCAAUGCCGGUGUGGGACUAGGGUUAGGAAGGGCCCAGCCCAACAUGAUGAUGGGCGAAAUAGGAGGUUUUCCGUUGGGCGGCAUGCCGCUGGGCUAUUUCCAGCCGGGGUCGAUGCCACCGGAUAUGAUGAUGAUGGCAAGUGGAAACCACCCCUACUACCACCAGCAGUAUAUGCAAGCUCUACUGCAACUGCAACAGCAACAGCAGCAGAGGAUGAUGAUGAUGAUGACUGCAGUAGAUCGGCCGACUUUCCCGCCGGCGCAGCUGAGCCACGGAUAUGGAUACAGUCGGCCAGUGUACACGCCGCAACCACCGCAGCAGCUGCAUCCCCACGUGGAACCAUACUUGAUGUUCAGCGAUGAGAAUCCUAAUAGUUGCUCGGUAAUGUGAAGGGAGCAAAAGCGAGCUGGGUGUGCGCUGCCUGCUUCUCCGUUUUCUUCAUCAGUCGCGUUGUUUUCGUUUUUAUGGAGUUUGGCUUUAGGGCUUUAAUUUGAUCUCCCUCCGUCUGGUAAUUGCUCGCUAUAGUUUGCAGUAUAUAGGAGUCGGCGGUCCUUAAUUUACCUUGUGGUUCUUAGACAGUUAUUGGCAGUGUUUCUUGUGCAGAAAUUAGAAGAAAAUUAAAGAUGAGUGUGGAUUGCGACGC